AUGAUGAUGUUAAUGGUUGUCCUUUGUAAUGAAAUCCUGACCAGCUAUUUAUACGCCUUAACGGAAUGCCCGUUUCAUCCAUCUAAUCAACAACAACGUAUCAUAAUCAUUCUUUUUUGGGAAAAUAAAAAAAUGAUUAGAAGCUUCUUUCUCUUUUCCUUGUUCCUUCAUUCAACAUUGGCUCAAAUUCCUGCAAUUCCUCUGGAUCAUGCAAUUCCCCAAAAACCUGUAACUCCUCGUAAACAUGCAACUCAUCAUAAACAUGCAACUCCUAUUCUUGUCAAGAAAUGGUCAACAUUAAGUGGAAAUGAACCUAUUGUAAUAGCCCGCGGUGGUUUUUCGGGACUCUAUCCGGAAGGUACUCCAGACGCAAUUUCAGCAUCAAAAGGCAUAAGCACUUUCUUGUGCAAUCUUCAGCUGUCAAAAGAUGGAGGUGCCUUUUGUGUAACUGGUGAUACCCUUGACAAUGCAACAACUGUUGCAUUGUUUGAUCCUAAACAGAAAGUUUACAAUAUCAAUGGAAAGAAUGUGAAAGGACACUUCUCUAUAGAUUAUGAUAGUUCUCAGAUUGACUCAAAUGUAACAAUGAUUCAGUCCAUAUUUUCUCGACCGAGUUAUUACGAUGGUCUUGAUGCAGUUCUUAAUGUUGAUGUUCUCUUUGGUGCCGAAAAACCACCGGUGUUUUGGUUGAAUGUUCAGCAUGCAGGAUUCUACGCCCAAUACGGAGUAGAAGCGGCACAAACUGUUCUAGAGGUUUUGGAAGCUUGUCCAAUUGCGUUUGUUUCAUCUUCAGAUAUUGGUUUCUUAAAGAGUAUCGCCGGGAAAACACCCAGGAUGACUAAAGUUAUCUUUCAACUUCUUAACGCGAUGGACGUCGAAGCAUCAACAAAACGACCAUAUGGCGCUAUAGUAAAGGAUCUCUUGACAAUCAAAUCAUUUGCAUCAGGCAUCAUGGUCCCAAAAGAUUUCAUAUGGCCUGUUAAACCAGACAAAUAUUUAGGACUUCCCACAACACUUGUAGCUGAUGCACAUAAGUUAGGACUAGAAGUAUAUGCUUCUGGUUUUGCUAAUGAUAUUUUUUCCAGUUACAGUUAUAACUAUGAUCCUACUGCUGAGUACCUUCAAUUUUUAGACAGUAAAGAUUGUGUUGAUGGUGUUGUCACUGAUUUCCCAGCUACAGCAUCAAAUGCCAUUAGGUGCUUCGCACAAAACAACACCGCGCAUAAAAAAGGACCAACUUUAAUCAUAAGCAAUAACGGAGCAAGCGGCAUGUACCCAGGCGGUACUGAUCUAGCCUAUCAGCAAGCUAUAACCGACGGCACUGACAUCAUAGAUUGCUCAGUUCAAAUGACAAAAGAUGGAACUCCCUUCUGUGCAGCUUCUGCAGAUCUAACAUUACAAAGCACGGCUAUAAUGAAAUUCACGGGUCGAUCUUCCGUUGUCCCAGAAAUUCAACCAAAAAGUGGAAUCUACACCUUUGAUCUUACAUGGACCGAGCUUCAAACAGUAAAACCUCAAACGAUCAACACUCAAGGCAACGACUUUCAAAGAAACCCGGCAGAUAAGAACAGUGGAAAAUUUGUUACCCUUCCUGAAUUUUUGGAAUUGGCCAAGACAAAGGCAGUUGUUGGCAUUUUGAUCCACAUACAGAAUGCUGCUUACCUUGCAUCAAAGAAGGGUCUUGACAUUGUAGGUGCUGUCACCACAGCUUUGAACAAUGCUACCUUUGACAAGCAAACCACACAGCAAGUCUUCAUUCAAUCCGACGACACUUCGGUCCUAUCCAAGUUUAAAGAUAUCCCAUCUUACAAAAGGGUUUUGUACAUUCAAGAUAAAAUAGACGAUAUACCAGUGCAAACAGCAGAAGAAAUUAAGAAGUACGCAGACGGAGUUAAUCUUCAAAAAACUUCUAUUAUCAAAACAUCUGAGUCGUUGUUGAUAGGAUUAACAAAUGCAAUUAAAGCUUUGAAAGAUUUAAACCUAACAGUAUUCGCCCAUACUUUCAAUAACGAAUACUUGUCGCUGGCAUUUGAUUAUUGGUCAGACCCUAAUCUGGAGAUUUCUACUUUCGUUAAGGCUGCCAAAGUUGAUGGGAUCGUGACCGAUUUUCCCGCUACUGCAUACAGAUAUAUGAGAAGCCCGUGUAGCGAUCUUCUGACACGUAUCCCCGUAGAACCAAAGCCUGGUGAUCUGGCAAAUACUGUUCCAGAAGAUCUGAAACCAGCAGCAGAACCUCCUGCACCACUACUGGUUUCAAAUGUUGUUGAUCCACCUCUUCCUGAAGUGAUUAACCUGACAAAACCUGAACCUGCAGCUGCAACUCCUCCUCCAAAAGCUUCAGGCGCAAGGGCAUUUACCAUCAACUCUGGUAGCACCUUAGUUGCAGUUUUGGUGGUUGCUGUGCUUUAUGCUGGUCAUUGA